AUGGAGAAGGAAUUGAAGGAGGAAAUGGAAAUGAAGAAAAAUGAUAAAUUGAAAGAAAUCAAGGAGCUUUGGGAUAAAUUGGAUGGAGUUACUGAGAGUGCAAUCAAGAAAGAUUAA